CACCACAAAUGUAGUCGUCAUUGUGGCAGAAUUGCAGUGCACUGGACUGAGCAGAGCAGGGUACCAACCAGGCUGCUGUCAGUGAGGGGUGGGGUCCGGCUGCACUCAUACCACCUAGCAGAAGCUCACAGAGAGGCGGACGGGAGAGAAAAGAAAGAGAAGAAAGAAGACUGAAAUAAAGACAAGAGAAGAAGGGGGGAGGCUGCACCUGAAGAGGGAUAGAAACGGGAUGAAAGGAGACACCCCAGUGAACAGCACCAUGAGCGUCGGCCAAGCCAGGAAGCUGGUGGAGCAGCUGAAGAUCGAGGCUAGUUUCUGCAGGAUAAAGGUUUCAAAGGCCGCGGCGGACCUGAUGGCGUACUGCGACGCACACGCCUGCGACGACCCCCUGAUCACCCCGGUGCCCACCUCAGAAAACCCCUUCAGGGAGAAGAAAUUCUUCUGCGCUCUGCUUUGAAACAAAUCAGGGACUGCUGCGGUAAAAAAUAAAAUAAAAGUACAGCUGUAAUGUACACACAUGUACAACGUGUACAUGUACUUCCAACCUAAAUAAGACAUUAAGUGUACUAUAGUAAGUUUGCGUCCAAAAAGCUGCCAAUGUACAGUACAGACAUCCAAUAUGAGACGUCGACAGCUAAGAUUAAUUGCAAUUAUGAUAAAAUUAGAUCAAUAAAUUGUCGGAAACAUUAAAGUUCCAGGAGGUUGAAAACACACUUCAUGCUCAAAUAUACAAGUAACUACCAAACCAGAGUCAGUAUUCUUCACAGUUACAUAAAACUUUAACUUUUUUUAAACUAAACCCAAACUACUUCUAUCUUUAUUUACUCGUGUUUUGGCAGUUACCUGUAUCUCAGCUCAACAGCUGUUUAUAAUUCAAGUCUAACAGGUUCGUGGAUCAUUUCUAUAAUAUUGCUCGUGUGGAUGUGGAGGCGUGUAUGCAUAGGUGCUACUGUGAAAACUCGAGCAACAAAUACGAGCAUUUGGUCACUUGCGAGUUCGAUAUUUUAUAGUUUAACAGCACACAGACCCCUAAACCAACACAUUCCUGGGUGUGGUUAGGGACAGUCAAUGUAGAGUCAAAGCCAUCGCAGCAAAAUCAGCUAGAAGUAGAGCRUCGCGUGAACGUUUUUUAUUGUUUAGAACAGAAUACAGCGGUUUCAUCCAACUUUUACAGAUGUACUUUGGAUUUAAGGGGUAGUUGUCAGACACCAAAUCUCUCUUCCAGCUGAGGAAGUAAUAUUUUUAACUCUCUGUAUCUACAUUUAAAAUAAAGAUGURUUCUGUUGAUCAUACCCAAAGAGAAUAGAAACUAACCCUGAUGUUUUUGGACAUGAUUACCCCCGUUUGAGUCAUUGAAAAAGCUGUGUACCCUGCAAAUAUACAAUCUGGAGCUUUGGGAGGAAACUAUGAUGGAAACGUAAAAGAAAUAAAACCUCCCGUCAAAGGUU